AGAGGGAGGAGAGAUGAGGGCAUGGAGCUUGCCCUGUGGAUGGAGACUGCUGUUCUUUGCCUUGCUUGCUGUUGCUGAGGUCCAUGGCUCCUCAGGGGCCAAGGCAGCUGAUGCCCUCCCUCCUAGGCUCUUCUCUGCUGAAGUGCGCACGCUUCGACGGAUUGCUGCGGAGAUCGGGUUAUCACAUUGGAACUUCUCCGCCAAUCCAUGCGGCUCCGGUGGCCUGGCGUGUGACUGCUCCUUCAACAACAAGACCAUAUGCCAUGUCACUGACAUAUUCCUCAACGGGCACAACUUCUCCGCCCAGCUCCCACCAGACUUCGCUGACCUGCCUAAUCUCAUCCAGCUAGACCUAAGCAGGAACCUCUUCCAUGGUGCAGUUCCUGACCAGUGGGCCCGGAUGAGGUUGCAGGGACUGUCACUAAUGGGAAACAGAUUGUCAGGGCCUUUUCCCGUGGUUCUUACGAAGAUCACAACCUUGACUAACAUGAGCAUUGAAGGAAAUGAGUUUCAUGGGCUAAUCCCACCUGAAAUUGGACAACUCGCUCAAAUGGAGAAGCUGAUAAUAUCAACCAACGAGUUCACUGGACCCCUGCCAGCUGCUCUUUCCUUGCUGACCAAUUUAACCGACUUAAGGAUUUCUGGAAACAACUUAUCUGGAAGAGUCCCUGACUUCUUUGGUAAAUUGACAAAGCUUGUAAAAUUGCAAAUCGAAGGAUCUUUGUUGGAAGGGCCUAUUCCCUCGGGCUUGUCCAAAUUGACAAACCUCUCUGAUCUGAGAAUUAGUGAUCUGAGAGGCAGUGGAUCAUCUUUCCCAGAUUUAAGUGGAAUGCAGUCGAUGAAAACAUUGGUACUUAGGAAUUGUUCGAUCAGUGGGAGCCUCCCGCCUUACAUUGGGGACAUGGAAAAUCUGAAGCAUCUAGAUCUGAGCUUUAAUAAACUGACUGGAAAAAUACCAGAUUCUUUCACUAGCAUGGGAAGCGUAGAUUACAUAUAUCUAACUGCAAACUCACUCACUGGGGACAUACCUGGAUGGUUAUUGCGAAGGAACAACAUUGCGGACAUAUCUUUUAACAACUUCACGAUGGGGAGCUCAGGUCCUAGCCAAUGCCUUCAAGGAAGCGUUAAUCUGGUAGAGAGCUAUUCUCCUGAAAUGAACAAUUUAAAUAAUAUCCAGCCAUGCUUGAAGAAGAAUUUCCCAUGUGCUGCUUUGAAUGGACAAUACAGAACCUCCUUGCAUAUCAAUUGUGGUGACAAAGAAGCAAUCAUUAGUGGAGUAAAAUAUGAAGCUGACAUGGUACCAAAGGGUGCUAACAUGUUGUAUGUAAGCCAAACCUCAAACUGGGCAUUCAGCAGCACUGGGAACUUCAUGGACAACAACAUCAACGAUGACAACUACAUUGCGUCAAGCACAUCAAAGUUGAACAUGCCCAACUCGGAGUUGUAUGCAAAAGCGCGUCUUUCCCCUCUUUCGCUCACAUACUAUGGGCUUUGCAUGAACACUGGGAACUACACAGUUAAACUCCAUUUUGCCGAAAUUGUAUUUACAAAUGACAGCACAUACUACAGCCUUGGCAAAAGAAAAUUCAAUGUGUUCAUACAGGGGAAGAUGGUGCUAGAGGAUUUUGACAUCGAGCAAUCUGCUGCUGGAGCAGGGAAGCUAGUUAUCAAGACUUUCAUAACACAUGUCAGAAAUCAUACACUUGAGAUUCAAUUCUACUGGGCAGGAAGAGGGACAACAGGCAUUCCAUACAGAGGAUAUUACGGUCCUCUAAUAUCUGCAAUAUCAGUAACUCCAAACUUUCCAAUUCCUUUGGCUGUUGAGCCUCCCCAAUCUGGUGGUAGCUCAAAGACUUCAAGGACAUCUAAAGCUUUGCUGAUUGGAACGCCAAUCGUUGCAAUACUCGCUGCUCUUGUUGUUGGCAUUUACUGCAUUAAGCAGCGACGGAAGAGCUUGAUGCAUCAAGAUCUCCGAGCACUUGACCUCCAAAUCGGCUCCUUUACCUUGAGACAAAUCAAAGCAGCAACUAGGAACUUCGAUCCAGCCAACAAGAUUGGUGAAGGUGGUUUUGGUUCAGUUUACAAGGGUUUGUUGUCCGAUGGCACCAUCAUUGCUGUCAAACAGCUAUCAUCAAAAUCCAGACAAGGGAAACAUGAAUUUGUGAAUGAGAUAGGCAUGAUAUCUGCACUCCAGCAUCCAAACCUUGUCAGGCUGUACGGCUGCUGUACUGAAGGAAACCAGCUCUUGCUAGUUUACGAGUACAUGGAAAAUAAUUGCCUUGCACGUGCUCUCUUUGUUGAACAAUAUAGACUGACAUUGGAUUGGCCAACAAGACAUAAGAUUUGCCUGGGAAUAGCAAGGGGUCUAGUAUAUCUGCAUGAGGAGUCUUCAAUAAGGAUUGUGCACCGAGACAUAAAGGCUAGCAAUAUACUGCUUGACAAAGAUUUGGAUGCUAAGAUCUCAGAUUUCGGUCUAGCUAAGCUUAAUGAAGAUGGCCACACCCAUAUAAGCACAAAAGUAGCUGGGACUAUUGGAUACAUGGCUCCUGAGUACGCAAUGCGUGGUUAUUUGACAGACAAGGCUGAUGUUUACAGUUUCGGAGUUGUUGCUUUGGAAAUUGUCAGUGGAAAAAGUAACACAAACUACAGGCCAAAGGAAGAUUUCGUUUAUCUUCUUGAUUGGGCAUGUGUUUUACAUGAGAGAGGAACUCUCCUGGAGCUGGUGGAUCCAGACUUAGGAUCCAAUUACUCAGCAGAAGAGGCACUUCUGAUGCUGAAUGUUGCCCUCUUGUGCACCAACGCAGCACCGACGCUCAGACCAAAGAUGUCCAGUGUCGUGAGCCUGCUUGAGGGCCACACACCCCUGCAACCCUUGCUGUUAGACCUCAGCCUUGCUGCAAACAGCCUGAGCUCAAGUGGUCUGCGCAGAAACUUCUGGGAAAACCCAAAUGACAGCCAGACCAUGACAGCACAUGCAUCAUGUAACACCAACAGUGACUCGUACUCUUUAGAAGUUGAUGGUAGCCUGAGACCUUUAGUGACUUAAAUGUCAGAUGUAUUUCAGGUCUGUACAUCUGUAAGAACCACUAGGGCUAGGCCAAUAUUUAGUUAGAUAUUAACGUACAAACACCUAAUCCUGCUAAGGAUGUGAAUUUUCUCUGCUUUAGAACUGCUGAACUGAUAAGAUUAGUAAGAUGCUGCCAUGACACGAGUCUAUCUCUAAA